AUGCUGAGACAAUCGAUCAAACAAGUAAAUCGAAAGAGGCUAAUGAGUUCAUUGGUGGAAUUUAAGGUACUUAAUACUGCAAGAAGGGUUACCCUUAACAGGCCUAAAAAGCUCAAUGCCCUGAACAAUGAAAUGUGUGAGGUAAUACUACCAACAAUGCAAGAAUAUGCCAAAAGCAAAUCGACUAAUCUUGUAAUUCUGGACUCAUCGUGUAGCCCUAGAGCGUUCUGUGCUGGCGGUGAUGUGGUUGCCGUUACUCAACAUGAUCCUUCAAUUAAAGAUAGGAAGCAACAAAACUUUUUUGAACUGGAAUAUUCGUUGAACUGGUUGCUUGCAUCAUACCCAAAACCUGUUGUAACGAUAAUGGACGGUAUCACUAUGGGUGGUGGUGUAGGACUAAGCAUCCAUAAUCCGUUCCGUAUAGCUACAGAAAAUACUCGUUGGGCUAUGCCGGAGAUGGAUAUUGGAUUAUAUCCGGAUGUCGGCACCACUUUUGCACUACCCCGACUACUAACUGUAGCUAAUUCUGACGGUCAAUUCGGAUACUACUUAUGUUUAACAGGUGAUAUUUUAUCUGGAGCAGACGCAUAUUUGGCUGGUUUAGCUUCUCAUUACGUCACCAGUGAUAAUAUCGAUAACGUCCGUAAUAGAUUGUCGGAACUACCACCAUCUGAUAAUCCGGAGGCUAUGUUUGAUAUGACGAACAAGGCAUUGCUGGAAUUUGAGUCUCCUUUGCCAGAAGGCCACCAGUUUGCUUACUCGGCAGAGAAGUUAGCGGUAAUCGAAAGUGUCUUUAACCUUGACUACACUGUGAAGGAGCUGAUUGAAAAGUUGCAAGAUAUUUCCACGUCUUCAACAUGGUCGCCAGAAGCUAAGUCUUUUGCCUCUUCUGUUAAGAAUAGGUUGAAUAAAUUAUCUAUUGUUUCAAUGGAAGUCACAAGAGAGCAAUUCCGCAGGAACUACUUCAAUGACAUCCAAUCAGCAUUAAAACAGGACUUGGUUACUUCUAGCAACAUGGCUAAACCAGGUAUGAGUGAAUUUCCCGAUGCUGUCAGACAUAAGCUAAUUCAAAGAAAUAAAACUCCAUUCAAUUGGAAACAACAUGAUAUUUCUACUUCUAAGAUUUCUUCAUUGUUAUCAUCAGACCCUACUUCACAAUUAUCCCUUCGAGAAAUUGACGGCUUCACCUUUAAAAAAUACCCUCACCACGCAAAGUACAGUCUUCCUCCUGCAUCCAGGGUUGAAAGUUACAUUACUGGCUCUGAUGAAUCAGGUAGAUCAUUUGCUGUGACCAAACAAGAAGCCAUCAAGUACUUUUCGGAAUAUGACGAACUCUCAAAAGGUAAGGUUGGAGUAAAGAAUCUUGUCUCCUUUAUUAUUGAUAUGAAGUGCAAUGUCGAUGCUGCUGGUUAUCUAACAUGGAAACCUUGA